GAUAACUUGCCAUAUGAUUAGUUUUUUGUUGUUUUGUAUCGUCAACGCUAUAGAUGUUAGUAUUUCAAAUAUGGAUAGUGCUAUCAUAGAUGUAGUCUGGUGUGGUGCUUAGAAUAAAUCUAAUGACAAUGUAUUUAAUCAAUCCCUAAUUCUUUUAGAUCUUGGUUAUGAGUUCAAAAGGAACAAUUUAUUUAAGUUAGAAUAAUGGUGAUGACUGGUAGAAAUUGGCAGAAGUCUUCCAUAGAAAGGGUUUGCUUGUAUUAUAAGAUGAAAAUGAAAAAGUAGGAGUAGUAAACAAAAUAUAAAAAAGCCCAAUAGAUCCACAAUUAAUUAUAUUCCUAGGAACAGAAUUUGUUAAUUGGAUAUCCCCUGAUUGUGGGUAGACAAUUAAUGCAAUUUAUACUGGGAGAUAAAUGAGGGAAUUUUAAUUUCAUCCAAAGCGUAAAGAUUGGAUAUUAGCAUCAUCAUGGUCAAAAUGUUAGAUGAAAUAAAAAGAUUGUUUUGUUACUAAGGAUCUGAUGAUUAGUAUCGAUAUGGGUUUAAAUUGGGAAGUUAUUGCAAAAUAUGUAAAUUAAUAUUCAUGGGGAUUCAAAAAUCCAAACAAUUAAGUGAUUCCUGAAGAAAGAAUAAUGAUAACAUAUGAGCCAAAUGGAAAAGGACAUUAAUAAUUAUCAGGUUGGAACAUGAAAACACAUUUAUUUUAUAGUGAUGAUUUUAUGAAAACAAAAACGAUGUUAGUUAAUUAAGGUAAUAAAUUUCAACUAACACCUAAUCAUAUAUUCGUAGCUUAAGUAAUGAAUUCUUCGAAUUAAGAAGUAACAUUACUGGUAUCAGAAUCAGAUGAAUCAGAAUACAAUUUUAGAUAUGUUUAAAUGCCAGACAUAUUAAAAGAUCACAGUUAUACAAUAGUAGAUUCAUAAUAUGGAGCAUUUAUAAACAUUAAUCAUCUUAAGCCAAGUUCAAUAAUGGGUACAACAUAUAUAUCAGAUUCUACAGCAUCCAGAUAUAGAAUCUCGUUAAAUUAUACAGUGAGAACAGAAGAAGGUUAAUGUGAUUUUGAGAGAGUAUUGGGUUUGGAGGGAAUUUAUAUAGCAAAUGUAUAUGCAUCAGAAUAAGCAGAAUUAUAUUAAUCUGAAAUUGAUGAGGAUUCUGCUAGAAUAAAAGAAAGUGAUUUAAGUAAAUUUAAAUAGACUAAAAUAACUUUUGAUAAGGGAAGUAGAUGGCAAUCUUUAACACCACCUUAAGUUGAUUCAGAAGGUAAAAAGUUAUAAUGUGAUUCUAAAACAUGUUCAUUACAUUUGCAUUCUGUCUCUACUAAAAUGUAAUUUGGUCCAUUUUAUUCAACUAAGAAUUCGAUAGGUUUAAUUUUAGGAACAGGAAAUAUAGGAAAACAUUUAAGUUAUAGAGCAGAUUAAGUGAACACUUAUAUGUCAAGAGAUGGAGGUUUAACUUGGUUUGAAAUAGCAAAAGGAUCACAUAUAUAUGAAAUUGGAGAUCAUGGAGGUGUUAUUGUAUUAGCAAGCGAUUAAUAAGCAACAAAAGUAUUAAAGUAUUCAUGGAAUGAAGGAUUAACAUGGGAGAUAUUUUAAUUUAGUGAACAACCUAUUGAGAUUACUAAUAUUAUAACAGAACCUUCUAAUAUUGGAACAAGAUUUAUUAUAUAUGGUACAUCAAAUUUAUAUAUAAAUGAUGAAAAUAUUGAGUAAGGUAAUAUUGUUAAAAUUGAUUUUUCUUCUAUUCAUGGAAGAGAAUGUGUCGGAGAAGAUUCACCUUCAAGUCCAAAUAGUGAUUAUGAAUUAUGGUCACCAACUGGAAAGAUUAAUCCAGAUUGUCUUAUGGGAAUGAGAGUUGAAUAUGUUAGACGAAAAAGAGAUGCCAAAUGUUUUAAUGGUGAAGAUUUAUAAAGAUAACAUUCUGUUUAAUAUUGUUAAUGUACUGAAGAAGAUUGGGAAUGUGAUCUUAACUUUCACAGAGAGAACUCUGAUUCUAAUGCUAAAUGCAUUCCCUAUGAACUCUAUGAAUAAGACUUUGAAGCUCCAUAAAAUUGUGAAGAUUAUUAUGAAGUUUCUAGAGGUUAUCGUAGAGUAGCAGGAAAUAAAUGUUAAGGAGGAGUUGAAUAUAAUCCAGUUAAAUUAUUAUGUCCAGGAUUCAAAUUUUGGAAAUUUAGAAAUGUAUCUCUAUUUAUAUUAUUUAGAUUUGGGAUUUUAUGCUUAUUUGUAUAUUUGCUGCCAUCGUUUAUUUCAUCUAUAAGAACAAACAUCAUUUUUCUAAGAAAAAAGAUCAUAAUAAAGAAUAAUAACAUUCUGCAAGGGCUUAUGGUCAAAAAAUGGUAGAAAGAGGACUUGGAUAUAGAGAAUUCGAUGAAGAUUUAAUUGAAGUGAAUCAAAAUGUGUGA